UGUACAUUCAAACUUGCUGGUGAGAGUGGAUAAGGGGGCAUCUGACGGGAUUUGAACUUCUGAUGUACGUUAUUAUGAAGAUUUACUGGAUUCUUCUGAUCACAGCAGUUGGUGUGCUGAUUAUUAAAUGUCGAUGUGUGGGAAUAAUAGCAGGGCAUGAAGUGAGACCUCACUCAAGACCAUACAUGGCUCUAAUAGAAACUCCAUUAAAAGAUUAUGACUCUUGUGGUGGGAUUUUAAUUAGCCCAAACUGGGUAUUAACAGCAGCCCAAUGUGAUAUUAAUAGCGCAACUAAAGUUUACCUGGGUCUCCAUUCGGUACUAUCUAAUUUCUCUGGAGUGCAAGUGUUUAAAGUUAUACAAAAUGAAAGACAUUUACUGUUUAACAGGAAUAACAAUCUUGAAUAUGACAUACAGAUAUUAAAGUUGAAUAAUACUGCUAUCACCACAAGUUCUGUCAAUGUACUACAGCUACCUCAGACGUUUGAUGACAUUCCGCCUGGCACUGCUUGCCAAACUGCAGGGUGGGGACAAAUCAAUAACAGUAAAACUAGUGAUUCAGAAGCACUAAUAGAGGUUACCGUUAUGAUAUUAAACAGAACAACAUGCGGAACUAUAUUCAAUGGAAUUACUAAUAAUAUGUUAUGCACAGAAGUAGGGAGUAACGGUGAAGGCACCUGUAAUGGAGAUGCUGGGGGCCCAUUAAUUUGUGAUGAAACUUUCCGAGGUCUUGUUAGCUUUGGUCCCCCUACAUGUGGAUUGCCUGGAGAUGCUGAUGUUUACACUCGUCUCACUGAAGAUAUUGUCCAAUGGAUUAAGAACAGAACAGGAAUUCCUUAAUCCAAUUUUAACCACUGUAUCAUUGUAAACUAUGUGUGUGCUUGAAACCAUGCAGUAUGGUGCGUAUGUGCUUAUGUCUUAGAUACGGUUACAGUGGGCAUGAAAAUAUAAUAGCAAGACUUCUCAUGGGCGGCUCCCUUCCUUUGGAACAGCCUGCCUACCCCUAUCAGACUCUUACGUAGUCUCUAAUUGUUUAAGAAGUCCCUCAAAACACAUCUGUUCAGAAAUGCUUAUGGACUCCCAGAGUAACUUAUCUAUACUUUAUCCAAAUCUGUCUCAUGUUCUCCUAAAGAAUCACACUUCACUCUCACCUCCAGUUCUGCUACUUUUCCACCUCGUUUGGUGGCUGUCACCCUUUCUGCCUUUUUGUGUAUUAGUACCCCACCUCCUCUAGACUGUAAGCUCGUUUGAGCAGGGUCCUCAUCUACCUAUUGUUCCUGUGUCACUGUGUAAUUGUCUCAUUUAUUGUAAAUUUCCACCACUUUCAUAAUAUUGUA